UUUUAUUGAACCCGGUAAUGCGUUGAAUUAAAACCAAUCGGUGACGUGAAAUAAUAAGACUAAAAAGUCAAUUCUCAAACGCAAAAAACUUAGAAAGUUAUCAAUACCUAGGUAUUUAAAGUGUCGUUAAAAAGUACGGGGCAGUGCCUUUAAGCUCCUCGUUGUGUAUUAAAUCCAGCAAUGAAACUAGUCGAACCUUCGUUGUUGUUUCUCAUUUUUGUGAUUUUCAUUAUUUGUCUUCUUGCGAAGUACCAUUGGGACAGGCGGAAGUUGUAUAUUUUUGCAGCUAAGCUUGCGGGACCCAAGGCCUAUCCUGUGGUGGGUAAUGGGCAUUUGUUUUGGUGCAAAAAUGACGAAGUUUUUACUAAUAUUCUCGCCGCUACGGCCCCCUUUCCGUCCCCAGUCCGGCUCUGGUUGGGCCCAAAAUUGAUGCUUUUUGUGAAAGAUGCCAACCAACUCCAGCUGAUUUUGCAAUCGACGAAAAUCACAACAAAGUCGUUUGUUUACCGGUAUCUUGAACCUUUUCUGGGGAAAGGACUUUUCACGUCCUCUGGCCCCAGACAGAAGAAUCAUCGCAAGUUGCUCCAACCCUUAUUUUCACAAAAAAUGAUCGAAGGAUACUGCCAUUUGUUUCAAAAACAUGCGAAAAAGUUUGUCGAGGAUUUGAGAAAAAAUGCAAAUGGACCUGAAUUUAACAUUUCCACGGUCUUGCAAUUUACGGCUUUUGAAGCUACGAUGGAUUUAUUGCUAGAAGAUAAAAAUACACAUUCGUUUGAUUACAAUGAAAUGCCCCCCUAUAUUAAGAAAUUUUACGAAAUUUUUUUUACUCGCGUUAGAACUUUUUGGUUACAUAUGGACUUAUUUUUCAAACUAAGUUCUUACUAUAGGGAACAGGCGAAAUUGCAGAGCAUGGCGACAACUGUUAUAAAUGAGAUUACGUCCACACAUGUCCCAAAAAUUAUUGAAAAGAUAAAAGCUGAUAAAAAAAUAGCCGAUGCGGAGAUGAGAGUUCCAUCAAUGUUGGAAUCAAUAACCGAAAUGGUGAUGGAGAAUCCGGAUUGUUUAACACCGCAAGAUUGCACCGACCAUUUGAUGACUUUUAUGGCAACAAGUCAAGAUACCCAAAGUUCGRCUGUGGCUUUCACGUGCAUGAUGUUAGGAGCUUACCCUCACAUUCAGGACCUUGUCGUUCAAGAAUUGAGAGAAGUCAUGGGCAAAAAAAACAGUCUUGAGCUAACUGAAGUUUCUCAACUCAAAUAUCUCGAAAUGUGUCUCAAGGAAACCAUGAGGCUGUUCCCUAUAGGCCCUCUGAUUUUCAGGGACACAACUGAAGACUUCCAAUUCGAUAAACUGGUGAUUCCGGAAGGCGUGACUGUAAUUCUGUCGAUUUUUCACGCACACCGGAGCCCGGAACAUUGGGAAAAACCCGAUGAAUUUUACCCGGAACAUUUCGCACCGGAAGCGAUGAGUAAAAGACAUCCAUAUGCUUUUAUCCCGUUUAGUGCAGGACCUCGCAGAUGCAUAGCCCAACAUUAUUCCUACACUUACAUGAAAAUUUUACUUGCUACCAUACUUCUUAAUUACGAAAUCGAGUGCCGAUAUAAGCCCCAAGAUAUUAAAUUAAUCAUGGAUAUUUCAAUCAGACCGCAAGAAGGAUACAUGAUUAAAUUAAAAAACAGGACAAACUGAAAUUUAUUUACAAAGUUAACAGUUUUUUAUAUUUAAUAUUAGGAGACUCUUUCACGCAGUUAUUUAUGUGUAGAGAACGGACUUUUGUAAUGGUGGGAUCUUUCAAUAAAUUAUAUUUAUAAUUUAA